AUGUAUUUCGAGAAAAAGCAACUUGAGACAUUUGAACAGGAUAAGUAUAGGAUGAGAAAUAAAUCACGCAACGAUGUUUUGCUCAAGUCUCAGAGUGCUUUGCAUAAUUUAAUCAGUUGUUCAACAUCAACAUGUACAUAUAGUUCUCAUAAAAUCCUCAAAAAUUUUAUUGCUCUAUGCGACAAAACUUUUCAAACAUAUUCUAAUACUUGUAAUGCGCCACAAGAUGAGAACUAG